AUGCCAGAAGGUGGAUUCAAUCCCUGUGAAUGUGUUUAUUCUCAUGAGCAUGUGAUGAGAAAGCUGAUCAAUCUGCUGCUGCAGUCCCAGUCCUACUGUACAGACUCAGAAUGUAUUCAAGAGUUACCAGAACCCUCUGGUGAUAAUGGCAUCAGUGUUACUAUGAUCUUGAUAGCCUGGAUGGUUAUUGCAGUGAUCUUGUUUUUACUGAGAUCACCUCAUCUAAGAGGAUCCAGCCUACCUGAAAAGCCAGCUAGUCCUCAUAACAGACAAGAUCCACCAGCUCCUCCUGUGAACUAACUUUGUGAUAUGGGAAGUGAAAAUAGUUAACACCUUGCAUGACCAAAUGAACAAAGGUGACCCAAGUACUCUU